UCAAUCAUAUCACCCAUACGUUGUGACUUCUUUCCUUGGUGACUUAACGAGCAAGGUUUAACACCAACGAAUUUUCCGCGGGAAGAUUGAUGUUUUCUUUAUAACCUGAAAUGGGCAGCUUACAACUGUAAUUCGGACUACAGCAGAACACCACUACUGUAAUUUUCGAGUUUAAUUUGCAGUGACAGGCAUAGUGCGAUUUGGGAGCAGCCAUGAACGUUAAGGGGGAGUGCAGUAGGAAUAAGGGUUUGCAGAGCGUCUAUGUGACAGCAAUGUUCGAGGAAAUGGUGCUCAAAUGGUCUCUCAACAAAAUCAUGGAUGAAAAUCUCUUUGAUAACAAGGUCAAGCGUAUUCCGGAGAAAUUUACAUCUGUAGCAGAAUAUCUUGGGUCAUUUGUUUGGCCUCUGAUAGAAGAAACACGAGCACAACUACAACAGAGUCUGGAAUCUCUAUCUGAAGCGCAAUAUACAAGAAUAACAUUUCAUGGAAGAAAAUGUCUAUUAGAAGGCAAAUUAAGUGAAUAUUCUAUCGUUUUUGAGAAGGACAAUGAUACAGAAGGACAGGAGGACAAAAUAAAAUUGAAGUGGAAACCAAAAGACAUUCUUAUAUUAUCAACCAAAUUAUCUGAGAAUGUGGAUUACUUCCAUGAUGAGUAUUUGUUAGCUGUAGUCUGUGAGACUUGGCAGGAUGAGACUCAGGAUGGACUGAUAGAUGCACCUCUGAAUGGGUUGAAGGUGAAGCUAUAUCUGCGGAAUGGACAUCCCUUUACAUCAGAAAAAUACACUAAAGAAACUAAAUACUUCGCCAUUUCUCUCGGUAGUAUCAUAUCAUGCUUGAGAAUCUGGAAAGCUUUACAUGCCCACUUGCAAGAGGAGGAAAUAGAUUUGACCAUGCUCAAAAAAGCAAUAUACUUAAAGGAUCGUAAUGAGGCAAGUGCAAAAGUGAAAGAAGAUGAUUUAGAGAAAUUCAGGAGCAAGCACUUCAUGUCCCAUAACUUGAAUGAUUCUCAAAUAUCUGCUGUAAUUCAAGUAGUUAAUGCUGUUGAAUCUAAACUUUCUUCUGAUAUAAAGCUUAUCCAGGGUCCCCCAGGAACAGGGAAGACCUCAAUGCUGAUCUCACUUCUUUCUAUCUUAAGUCAUAAGAGGUUCAGAGUAAUUGUGUGUGCACCCACCAAUGCAGCGAUAUCAGAAGUUGCAACGAGGUUCAUCAGAACAGUCACAAGUCCGUCUGGAAGCUGUCCUAAUGAAGAUAAUUUUCCUUGUGUCAUGAAUUUGGGUGACCUCGUACUGGUAGGGAACGAGGAGAGAUUUGAUCCAGAAGGUAUUUUUGGAUAUAUUUUCCUUAAAUAUCGAGUUGAUCGUUUGUACGACUGUUUCCUGCCAAAGACAGGAUGGAGGUACAGGGUGAUAUCUCUGCUUGAUUUUCUUGAAUCAGCUGUUUCCCAGUAUGAAGCUUCUCAAGAAAAGUCACAAGAAACAUGCUUGACUGAUUUUUCACAGUUCACCAGACAGAGACUGAAAAAAUUAACCCCAGAAUUUUGUGAGGGUGCAAGAACAUUAAUAAAUGAUUUACCAGGGACCUUAUCAGGAAAACAGGAAUUGGAAUGUUUGAUCAACGUGGUUGAAUCUUUUGUAAAUUUUAUUGAAAAAAAUAAUGUCAAAGAAAUUGUCCUUACGGAAUGUUUUUGCAGUACCACCGAAGGUCUGGGAGAGGUAGAAGGUUUAACAAGUAUAUUUAAUGAGAACAUGCUUAGUAAUAAGAAAGACAUAAAGAAGGUUCUUUGUUUGAGGAGAAGUCAGUGUAUCCAAUUGCUGGGAAAGCACUUAUCCAGUGAAACUGAUAUUGCCCGCAUGGCCCAAACGUUCAAGUCACGUGAUAGUAUAGAGAGUAUUUGCUUGUCGUGUGCAAAAUUGGUAUUUUCAACAGUUUCUUCAUCGGCAAAAAGGUGCAUGAAUGAGACUGCACCAUUUGACUGCUUGAUUAUUGACGAAGCAGCCCAGCUCACAGAGGCUGAGUCAACUAUUGCAUUGCAAAUCAGUGGUGUGAGACACACAAUCCUUAUAGGAGAUCCAUAUCAGUUGCCUGCAACAGUUAUCAGCCAGAUAGCUCAGAAAGCAGGAUAUGAUAGAAGUCUCUUUGAGAGAUUACACCAACUUGGACAUCCAGUCCAUCUUCUGAACACACAGUAUCGCAUGCAUCCAUCUAUAAGCCAAUUCCCAAAUAUGGCAUUUUAUGGAAAUUCUAUCAUGAAUGGUCCCCAUGUUAAAAUGGAAACAUAUGGCAAUGCAUAUAUUGAGUCUGAAAUGUAUGGAACAUAUGCUUUUGUUAAUAUAGCAGAUGCAAGAGAAGAGGAAGAUGAUUUUGGUAAGAGCAAGCGGAAUGUUGUUGAGGCUGCUGUUGUUGUACACAUACUCUCUAAACUGUUUAAAGUUUGUGCUGCCAGACAAGGGUUGAGAAUUAGUGUAGGUGUCAUAUCACCUUACAGUGCUCAAGUUAAAUACUUGGAGAGCAAGCUAAUGAACAAGGAUGAAUGGAUGAACACUAUUGAUGUAGAGGUCAAAUCUGUGGAUGGGUUUCAAGGUGGAGAAAAGGAUGUUAUCAUAAUUUCCACUGUUAGAACCAACAAAAUUGGUUUCCUUUCAGAUUGGAGACGUGCAAAUGUUGCUUUAACACGUGCACGAUUCUGUCUUUGGAUUGUUGGAAAUGGCUCCAUGCUUGUUAAAACGGAAUCUAUAUGGAAGGAGAUAGCAAGGGAUGCAAUUGAGAGGCAGUUCUUUAUAAAUCCAAAUACAGACAGCGGAUUAGUGAAAGUAAUAAGAAAUGUGAAAGCUGAGAUGGACCAGCUUGAAGAUCUAUUAAAGAAGGAUUCCAUCUUGUUCAACAACACAGUUUGGAAGGUUACAUUCAGCAAUGAGUUUAAAGAAUCAUUUACCAAGCUGAAGGAUUUAAAUGUGCGAAAGCAAAUAAUCAACACAUUACUGAGACUGGCCAAUGGUUGGCGACCAGCUAGGAAACAUGCUGGUUGUGCUGAGAAAAGCCUUAUAAAUGAAUAUUUAACCUCAGGAUUACAUUUAGUGUGGACAACAGAUGUUGAACGAGGAGGGGAAGUAUCCCAAAUAUUGAAAAUAUGGAAUAUUCUCACCCUUAAAGAGCUUCCUGGCCUUAGACAACGCUUGGAAAAUGUUUUUGCGACAUAUACUCCAGGGUACAUUGAGCGGUGCAAAGUGAAGUGUUUGGACAGGGAUGGAAAAACAGUGCUACCAAUGCAAUGGAAGGAUGAUCCUGAAUUUGUUUGGUAUAAGCGUCUACGGAAAUCAGAAAUGCUUGAGACUCCACAUUGCGAAGCUUUUGAAAAAGAAGCCAUUUCACUGGAGCAUGCCAGAGUUCAAGAAAGUUUAUUGCUAAUGAAGUUCUAUUCUCUGUCUUCUGGCAUUGCAAGUCAAUUGCUAACAGCAAAAGAUGGAUCAGACAUUGGCCUUCAAUUUGAGUUAAAUGAUGAAGAAUCACGAAUAAUCAGGUUUCCAAGAAGUUUGUUUAUUCUUGGACGCUCUGGUACAGGCAAAACAACUGUACUUACAUCCAGACUUCUUAAGAAGGAACAGCAAUUUAAUCUUGCUACUCAUGGUUUCUUGUGUGACAAGCAAACUAAUGUCGAAAGUACAUUUGGGAGAAAAGAUUUACAACAAGAAUAUCAUCAUGCGAGUUGUCUCCGGCAAAUUUUUGUCACUGUUAGUGCAAAGCUUUGCUCAGCAAUAAGGAAUCACAUUAGUCGCAUUGGCAGUUUUGUACAGGGAAAGGAUUGUAGUCCCUGCAUGGAAAUCUUAGACAGCAGUGAUAGCAUGCAGGAAUCAGAAAAUAUUCCAGAUAGUUUUGUAGAUAUAGAUGACAAACAUUUUCCUCUGGUCAUUACAUUUCAGAAGUUUCUGAUAAUGUUGGAUGGGAGUGUACAGUACCAUUUCUUCCAAAAUAGUUGUUCUAAAGAACGAGGAUAUCAGUUACAAAAGAAACAGUUUUGUUCAAAUGAAGAGAUUGAUGAGGAAGUGGAUGCAACAAAAUGUGACAGCAACUGUAAGGACUUUGAUCAUGGUGGUCAAGAUGCUGAAAUACUUGAUGAUGAGGAAAUCUUUGUUAAUGUAAAACGGCCCACAUAUAACAGAUCUUUUGCAUUCAUGCAAUUCAUAAGAAAAAAUGAAGUCAACUACGAACGUUUUGCCUCAGUUUAUUGGCCACAUUUCAAUUCAGAGCUAAGAAGAGGGCUUGACCCUUCAGUAGUAUUUACUGAAAUUAUAUCCCACAUAAAAGGCAGUUUAAAAUCUGUUAAUUCUGCUGACUUCAAGAUGAGUUGGGAUGACUACAUUGCAAUGGCAGAAAGUCGUGUCUCUACAUUAAAUGUCAAGCAAAGAGAAGCAAUCUAUGAGAUUUUCUUGCACUAUGAAAAGCAAAAACAAAGGAAUGGCAAUUUUGACAUUGCUGACGUGGUAAAUCAUUUGCAUUGCCAGAUCCGAUCUAAUGGAUAUUCAGGUGUCAAAAUGAAUUUUAUUUAUAUUGACGAAGUUCAAGAUCUUCCCAUGGCUCAAAUUUCUUUGUUCAAAUAUGUGUGCUCUAAUGUUAGGGAGGGCUUUGUCUUUGCUGGUGACACGGCCCAAACAAUUGCAAGAGGUGUUUACUUUCGUUUUGAAGAUAUUAGAAAUUUGUUCUAUAAAGAGUUCCUUGAAGCAGACAAUGAUCAGUCCAAAACAAAAAUCAUGCCUGAUGUGUUUCAUCUGACCCAAAAUUUCCGGACGCAUACUGGUAUAACAAAAUUAGCACACAGUGUAGUGGAGCUGUUGUACCAUUACUUUCCUUUUGCUGUAGAUAAAUUAAGCCCAGAGACAAGUCUAAUAUAUGGAGAAGCUCCUACAUUUCUACAUACUAAGGAGGAUGAGAAUCCUAUUACAACCAUUUUUGGUCAUGGAGGAAACUCUGGGAGUGAAAAGUAUGAGUUUGGUGCUGAACAAGCAAUAUUAGUACGAGAUGACAAUCAGAAGGUGAAGGUUCUUGAGCAAGUGGGGAAGCAGUGCCUUGUGUUGACAGUAAUUGAAUGCAAGGGACUUGAGUUUCAGGAUGUGCUGCUGUAUAAUUUCUUCAGUAGCUCUCCAUUGGGCAUGAAAUGGCGGGUAAUAUAUGAUUUCAUGAAUCAGAAAGGUUUUGAUAGCUUUGAGCAAAAUCAAUAUCCUACAUUUGAUGGUAUCAAGCAUAAUCUUCUGUGCAGCGAAGUGAAACAUUUAUAUGUCGCCAUUACCCGAUCAAAACAAAGAUUGUGGAUAUAUGAAGAGACCCCUCAAUAUGCUAAACCAAUGCUGGAUUUUUGGAAACAAAAGAGCAUUAUACAGUUCAGAUGUUUUGACAGAUCCAUGUUGGAAUCAAUGCAUAAUGUUAGUAGUUGUGAGGAAUGGAGGCAGCGUGGAAUUCAGAUGUUUAAUGAGAAGAACUAUGAUAUGGCGGUCAUUUCUUUUAAGAGGGCUGGAGAUGUGAAUAUGGCUAAAUGGGCAGAAGCUGCAAAGCUUCGAGAAGAUGGACAGAGAAAUUUUGAGACACACAAAGAAGCUGCCAGACAUUCUCUGAUGGAAGCAGCAGAAAUUUUCCUUUCUAUAGGGAAGCCAGAUUUUGCUGCUACUUGCUUUGUUAUAAUGGGAGAAUAUAAUCAAGCUGGCAGAAUAUAUGCGGAAAAAUGCAGUGAAACACGGCUUCAAGAUGCAGGAGAUUGCUUUGCAGAGGCAAAAUGUUGGCAUGAUGCAGCAGCUGCAUAUGCUAGAGCUAAUUGUGUUUCCAAAUGUCUAAAUGCCUGCAUAAAGGGAAAAUUAUUUGAGACUGGUUUAGAAUUUAUUGAAGUCUUGAAAAAGGAAAACUGCACAUCAAACUGUGGAAGAUGUGAGGCUUGUGAAGGUGUGAAAAUUAAAACUGAGUAUCUUAAAAUGUGUGCAACGCAUUUUCAUCAGAAAAAGGAUACAAAGUCUAUGAUGAAAUUUGUGAAGGCCUUUCCUACAAUGGACUUAAUUAGAUCUUUUCUUUGGAGGAAAGAUUACUUUGAUGAGCUUCUCGGAAUUGAAGAGACAAAUGGGAACUUCAUACAGGCUGCAGAAGUGGCAGAGAUGAAAGGUGAUUUGUUAUGUGAGGCUGUCAUGCUAGAAAGAGCAGAAGAAUAUGAAAAAGCAUUUAAAUCAAUUCUACAGCAUGUGCAGUUAAAUUCUUUGUGGGCAAUGGGAAAUAGAGGGUGGCCGCUGCAGCACAUUACUGAAAAUAAUAAACAUGUAGAGAGAAUAAAACAAAUAGCUGAGCAAAACCUAGUUCAUGUACCUAAGACCCUUGAAACCCUUAAUUUUGAGGCAUCAAUUCUUCUAAGUCAGUCUCAAAGUCUCUCUAAGUUAACAGAACAAAUGAUCCUUGCAAAGCAGAUUGGAAAUGUCAACUUCGAAGUCCUUUCUCUUCGUAAAGUACUUGAUGUGCAUCUUCAUUCUGAUACCAAAACAUUUCAGCAUGACCAAGGGAGGAGUUUCCUGAAGAGUGAUGAUAAUUACAAAGUGCUGCUAGAGAAUACGGUCUCUUCGACAGCAAUGGUAUUUCUUUGGAAUACAUGGAAGGAGAAACUGUUAUCCUCAGUAGAUUCACUUUCAAAACUAGAAAAGCGCCGGGAAAGAGAAGAAGAUAAAAUCUAUAUUGAAUUUGCUUUGGAAUAUUUUGGCACCAGAGUGAGCAGAAAUAAUAGAUUCUGCACUGUGUUUAACAGUGAAGCCUUCUGGCUUAAGGGUAGGAGGGAUGAAUUGUCGCAGAGACGAGGAAAUUGUGCACAGAUUACUAUCCAGAACUUUUCUAUGCAUGCAAAAGAGUUUCUUCUGAUGGAAUUGUUUUCUGUUGGAGACGAGGUUGUAAAAAAACUGCAAGAGAUCUAUCUUUCUUAUAAAAAUCAGCCUUAUGCCCUUACUGUUGAAGGCACUCUGAUACUUCAAAUUUAUCAAGUUUCAAAUGCUUUGGAAGAUAAGCUGUUGGCUAGGUUUGGACAGGUGACAAGGUUGAUCAGGAUCGAAUUCCUGAAAGAGCGUUUCUUCAAGGUCUUUUUCCCAUUAAAUACACAGUAUGAAAACAUGAAGGAAUUCAUGUCUUUGCGGGAGAAUCCAACAAGCAGUUUGAUUCUCAAAGACAUAACUGUAAAUAUAAUAAACAAUAUAGUUAUUGGCAUAACUCUUGGGCAGGUUGGAAGAUUACAAUUAUUGCUCCCCUUUUUGUCUAGGGAACUGGUGAAAGACCACGGUAAGAAAAUUAUUGAGAAUCUCCAUGACAAUUGCUGGAAUAAUGAACUGCUCUGGCUUCAUAUGGAAACUCUUACAGGGGACACUUUAAAGGAUGAAAGGGUCAAUCUGAUAAAAAGCUUUCAAACAGCUUUAACCAGUACUUUCCAGGAAUGGGGGAACCAAAUUGAUUACAUUUCUCCAAAUGUUUUUCUUUCUCUACUGGAAAAGCUGUUCUUCUUUUCAUCAUCAUGUGAAUAUCUCUCUGGAGGCUUAUUUUUGCCAAGGUCUUUCUUCGUAGAGUUUAUAACUGGGGGACAAGGGAACCCCUCUUGUGAUUGGUUUUGUCAAUCAAAAUCUCUACCUAGAUGCCGGGGAAGGCUUGAAAGUUUCUAUCGUCCGAUUUAUAAUAUAAUUUGUCAGCUAUUAGUAUCUUACAGAGCUGCAACAUUUACAUGGAUACAAACUUUCAAGAUUGACAGUCAGACUUAUUUUCCAGAGUUGGCAAUGCGUUUGAUCAUUAUGCUUUGUUUAAUAGGUGUCAACAGCAUAGGUUUAUUUCAAAAUGCUAUGCAUGUGCUGUCGACCAUCUUCCAAGAUAAGCAUAUCAGAAUGAGUCUGACUCCUAACUUUGGAGGAAAGCUGCUUCAACUUUUACAACAGUACAAACCAAACAGAGAUACUUUUUUUAUCUGCUUCUCCCAGUUAAUGAGACAAAUUGAUAACCCUUUGGUGAUGAUUGAUUUAGAUAAAAGUCCCGAGCUUGAAAGUAAUCCUCCAGAUCUCAUUAUUAUUGGGCCAGAGAGCAUAAAAUGUAAGGAAAUUCUCCUUCAAUCCGUGUUUCAGGAUAAAGGUGACGUGAUUGCUUCAAAGGAAAGUGAGGGGGACAUGAAGAGUAAAGAGCUUCUGAUACACAGCGAAAAGAGCAUGCAGCCAUCAAAUAGUGGUAGUUUUGAAACUAAUACAAAACAUAUUUCUGAAUCUUUUAAUGCUGAAGAGAAUGUUUGUGGCAAUGCCGAGUCUCUCAGAGAUGAACAAGAGAAGGGGAAUACUCUCUGCACACCCCUAUUAGACUCCGGUGACAUUGAUCAACAGAAAAAGAUUGAUCCUUCAGGAGUUGAUUUCAAUUUUAGAGAUAAGAAUGUCCAGUUUUCAUUACUUGAAGACAUCAAACCAUCUUACAAGUUUGAAGUUGAUGGUCAGUCUCUACCUUGGUUUGUCCAAUGGAGGAUGAAAAGGUGGCUUUCUUGUGCUAGGCGUCGUCUUGAAGAGACACUAUCUAUCAAGGACAAAUAUAUCAGGGAAGCUUGCGAAGUCUUCAAAGGGAACGCAAAUUCUUCUUAUACAGAGAUUUUUAUUUCAAAAGCUUGCCCUCUCAAGGCCGAGGUCGACGAGCUCUUGGAUCUGAUAGAGACCACAAUACCAAAGGUAAAACAAGGCAAAGUUCGACCUGACGAAGAAAAUGAUGUCUUAGAUGAAAUGCAUGACAUACAUGAAGAAUUGUCAAAUUCAUCUGAACUCCUUAAGCCAAGGCAUAAGAAGCAUGAAGAGUAUGACAUUGAAUGGCUAGAGAAAGAUGCCAUAGGUCAUACUUCUAUCAAAUUACAGGAAUGCAGGGACAGAUUGAAAAGAUUUAAGUCCGUAUUUGAGGAUGACACCCACAUUGUCACUGAGUGCAUGCAAACAGCCCAAUCCAAAUAUAAGCAGAAGAAGAAGAACAAGCAAAAGAGAAACAAGGGUGGCAGAAAGAUGAAGUAAAAUGUACAAGAUUUGUGGAAAUGUAUUGAGAAAAUCAAAGAAGGGGAUAAAGUUAGGGUGUUGGAUCCAUUUAAUGGUGUUGUUGUGGGCAUUGGACGGAUUCACUCCCUAUCUAUUGUACAUGGAGUCAGCUUGAAAGGAACAGGAGAUGCAAAUGUAAACAUUUUAAAGGUCACAAGUAACAUAUGUUUAGUCCUAAAUGUAUGGUUGGUGAAUAAUCACAUAACACAGUAUUUCCCGCACAUACCAAGUAUUCAUGGAACAGAACAAUUGUACAUCAUAACAUAAAUAACAAUGAUAAUAUUAGACUAGAAAAGUUAUAUCUUUA